ACUACUUACUUACAUAGUCUUACUAAUAUGAAUUUUUCAACUCUAAAAUAUUUUUUCCUUCUGAAGUUACAUUAUUUUCAGUGAUGUGAAAGCGUUUCUACACACCAUGUCAAGUCAAGUCUUUUAUUUGUUUAGCUCACAUUCACAAACCCAUUUGCCGCAACGGACUUUGCAGUUUUGGUAUACAAAUAAAAGUACAUGUAAAGAGUCUCCCUCUGCUCCUAAGAAAGAACAUUAUAUUUUGUCCCACAUUUUAUUCAUUGAGGGCCUUACUCGAAAAAACGUACGUAAACAAUUGCCAACAACUGUAACACAGGAAGUGGAAGUUAUUUUGAAGGUGGUGACCGGAAAUUACUCGAAACUGAUGCUAAUGCUGCGGUACCGGUGCAGUGGUGGAUAGCUCCUCAUUUCUUUAUUUAGGGGCGUUAUUCUUUUAUACAAAACUGUCAGAGAAAACUUCAAACAUUUCUACACAGGCAAUUUACUUACAUUGGCAGAGACGGUUAAACUGAAGUGUAACGGGUAGGGUUGCUGCUGGUAGUAGCUUGUUAGCUCGAAAGCUAGGGGAAUGGACCUGUUCGAUGAUCUGCCAGAACCCACACAAACCAGCGGUCCACCUGGUUCAGGUUCAGCAUCUCAAGUCGAAGCACAUGCACAGACCACCAAAGAAGAAAAUGAAAAGGAGGAGAAAAGUGUGAAAAGAAAACAACAACAAGAAGAAAUUGAAACAGAGGAGCAUGGGCAGAUCAAGAAAGUUUGUAGAGAAGGACUUCCUGUUUUGAAGGGUUAUGUGGCAGCUAGGCGUGGGGAGCGCGAUGAGAUGCAGGAUGCUCAUGUUUUGCUGCCUGACAUGAGCAGCUGUUUGUCCUGCAGUUCUCGUGUUUCAUACUUUGCGGUCUUCGAUGGCCAUGGUGGAGCUCGAGCAUCUCAAUUUGCUGCAGAGCAUCUGCAUCACAAUCUGGCCAAGAAGUUCCCAAGCGGAGAGUCUGAAAACAUGGACAAACUCAUAAAGAAGUGUCUCCUGGACACGUUCAAACAGACAGAUGAAGACUUUUUGAAGAAAGCCUCCAGCCAGAAACCAGCCUGGAAGGAUGGCUCCACAGCCACCUGUGUACUGGUGGUGGAUGACAUGGUGUAUGUGGCCAACCUGGGAGACAGCAGGGCGGUGUUGUGUCGGAUGGAGGUGGUGGCUGACGGACAGAAGAGGGCAGUUACUCUGGCUCUCAGUAAAGAACACAAUCCAACAAUGUACGAGGAGAGGAUGAGAAUCCAGAGAGCGGGAGGCACUGUAAGGGAGGGAAGGGUGCUGGGCGUCCUGGAAGUGUCACGCUCUAUUGGUGACGGUCAAUACAAACGCUGUGGUGUUAUUUCAACACCUGACCUUAGGAGGUGCCAGCUCACAGCAAAUGACAGGUUCAUCAUUUUAGCCUGUGAUGGUUUGUUCAAGGUCUUUUCUGCUGAUGAAGCUGUUAAAUUUGUCCUCAGUGUUCUGCAGGAGGGCAGUGUUGAGCCUAAGCCUGGCCUGACAAUGGAGGAGUUGCGGUUUGAAUCUGCCUGCCAUCAGCUGGCUUCUGAGGCAGUGAGACGAGGCUGCGCUGACAAUGUCACAGUCAUCCUGGUUUCUGUUGGCUUCUGAGCACAAACAUCGACAGAAUAUACAACACAGGUUGUAACAUUUACAGCAGUCAUGUGCAUGACGGACCCUAACACUUACAGCUACAGUUCAUCCCAUUGUAUUUUUGGUCCUUUUUUUUCAAUAAACAUUUUUUUCUUAUUGUUG